UCCAAUCAAAUAAAACACCAAACACUUUGUUGGGUUCAUAGCUAAAUUAGAAUUCUGUAAAUUUCUCUCUGCAAAAAUCAAGGAUCAAACGAUGACGAUACGUUUCGUGUUAAUGGUGAACAAACAAGGCCAAACUCGGCUAGCUCAGUACUACGAGUACCUCACUAUCGACCAGCGCCGUGCUCUUGAGGGUGAGAUCGUCCGCAAAUGCCUCGCUCGCAACGAUCAACAGUGUUCGUUUGUGGAGCAUCGCAAUUACAAGAUUGUAUAUAGGCGCUAUGCAUCUCUAUUUUUCUUGGUUGGAGUUGACAACGAUGAGAAUGAGCUUGCCAUUCUGGAGUUCAUACAUUUAUUGGUAGAAACCAUGGAUCGACAUUUUGGCAAUGUGUGUGAGCUGGAUAUUAUGUUCCAUCUAGAGAAAGCGCAUUUUAUGUUGGAGGAAAUGGUGAUGAAUGGAUGUAUCGUGGAGACGAACAAAUCUAACAUUUUGGCCCCUAUACAGUUGAUGGAUAAAGCAUCUUAAUUAUGUGCCUGGAUGAGGUACAUUUUAGGCUAUAUUGUAUAUGUUGACAUUCUUCUUUUCGCCAAAUUCACAAAAUCAACAGAAUGAGGACAGUGCUGUUAAACUUUUUCUCUGUUGUAUACUUGUAUGUUAACAAUCAUUAAGUUUGUUACUAAGCCUGUUUUAUUUCAAGAAUGUUAGUGGAACUUUCCUUUCUAUGGAAUAGCUGUAAUUUUGUCAUUCAUAUGAGAUAAAAUGAAGUUAUGUUAUAAUUUAAGGCUUAUACAA